AUGGCUCUCGGUCUGCAACAAGGAUUUACAAAACAUCCCUGCUUCAUUUGUCUUUGGGACAGUCAUGCACGAACUAAACAUUAUACGCAACAGGAUUGGCCAAAAAAAUGGGAUAUUGGCUCUGAAAACGUCAUUCAUGGAAGUCUUGUAGAUCGUGAAAAUAUUUUGUUACCACCUCUUCACAUUAAGCUCGGAUUAAUGAAGCAAUAUGUUAAAGCACUGGAUAAAAAUGAUAAAUGUUUUCUGUAUCUCAAAUCAAAAUUUCCUAAUUUAAGUGAUGCAAAAAUUAAAGAAGGUAUUUUUACAGGACCCGAUAUAAGAACCCUCAUGAAAGAUGAUGAGUUUCUUACAUAUAUGAAUUCUGCGGAGAAAAAUGCCUAG